AACACCGGCUUAGUAAUAACGGCUUCAUUGAUUGGUCAACGCCAACCGAACGGACCAAUGAGAAGCUGCGUUGCUUAAACAGGCACCGUGGUGGUCCGGUUUGAGUUUCAGAGCUCGCUAGCUUCGGCGGCUGCGGUAAAGAUGUCGUUAAACCAGAGUAUUGGCGACCCAAAGUAUCUGAAGAAGAGAAUCCCCCAAAAUCCCAAAUAUCAGCAUGUAAAAUCAAGACUUGAUACAGGUUUGAGCCUGACAAAGUACAUGGAAAGACUGGAGGAGAUCAAGAGAAAUUGCAGAUAUAAAAAAGGCGAGCUUUUUAAAAGGCUCAAAGUGACCACGUUUGCUCAGCUGGUGCUACAAGUGGCUUCAGUGUCGGACCUGAACGAGAGUAUCACAGACGAAGUGCCGGGACACAAAGAUGUUGUUCCAGGUACAGCACAAGGAGACCAUCUUUCAGACCAGAUCGACGGUUCGCCCCUCCCCAAUUCUGAGCCCCACAAACUCAGUGACGGCACUGAGCCGAGCGACACUGCCUUCUCCCCCAGAUCCACGCUUCAGAGUGUGAUCAGUGGCGUCGGGGAGCUGGAUCUGGAUAAGGACGGGCUGAGGGACGUGACCCUGACUCCCUUGAGGGCUCCAUGUGCUGUGCAGUGUCCGUACCCAGACUGUCCUUACCUGCUGCUGGACGUCCGAGACCGAGACCUGUAUGAUCAGUGCCACAUCAUCAGCGCUCACAGUUAUCCCAUCACCACUCUCUCCAGGACCAUGAACCCUUACACCAAGGAAGUUCUCGAUUACAGAAACGCUGAGGGAAAGAUCAUCAUCUUGUAUGAUGAGGAUGAGAGGAUAGCCAGCCAGGCGGCCGCCACCAUGUGCGAGAGAGGCUUCGAGAACCUCUUCAUGCUCUCUGGAGGCUUGAAGGUGAUCGCUCAGAAGUUUCCGGAGGGAAUGAGCACCGGUUUGUUUCCCGUCACUUGUCUUCCGACUCUGAGGGGACCGUCAGGUCAGAAGCACGCCGCGUUCCCCCAGACGCAGCAGCCAGCAGAAGAUAAACAGCGGUUCACCUCUGAAGACCUCGACAAGAUCCAGCACUACCUGCAGGAGGUGUUCUUAUCCAGCGAGGGCAGCAGUCGUCUGAGUAGCAGGAUGUCCACCAGCAGUGCUUACUCUAAACUAUCCAGCGCCCGGAGCAGUCGACUCAGUUUAGGGAGCGCCCGGUCACAGAGCAGCCGGCCCUGGAAAUAACCCCUCAUCCUCAUCAUCCUCAUUUUACACCCAGACCCCUGUCCACUAAUGAGCUCCUCAUGAACAUUUCUACACACUGCUGGCCUUAAUGUAGUCUCCCUGUAGACGUGAUUUAAUUUAUCAUCAAUGAAUAAACUUUGAACAAUGAUAUAAUUAGUUAUAUUUUGAACUUGUAAAGAAUUGGCACAGUUCUGCUGCGUUUUACUCGAAUGAAUAACACAAGACGAGUCUUUCCUGCGACAGCUUUAAAGAGACAUCGCAGUGUUUUUUGAUCCAGUCUCUGUGCACUGCAUGCAGAGGCGCCGAAUACGCCAAUGUUUCCCUGCACUGUACCGAGAAAAGGACACAAAAUGAAUCUUUUCAUUGAGUCAAUUUAUCUGGAAGACAGAUCUUCAUUAAGAGUCGACUCUUUCAGCUCACUGACUCAUGCGUUUGUUUGGGGUUUUUUCUUUUAAAAUGGACAAUGUUUGCGAUAUUACGACCAGCGAUCUUAAUCCUAAAUAACUUUCUAAUUAACAACAUUAAGAAUACUUUGCAAUAGUUAGCGUCUCAGUUGGUUCCAUCUCAGAAAGCAUCGAUUUCUACCACUGUUUAAUUCUUGAUCCAGCAGCUCUGACUCCGAUGUAAAUAGUUUAACAGUUAUGAGUUUAAGUUUUUCAUUCUUUUUGUACAUGUAAAAACGUGUAGUUGUAAUCACUCACGCUCAACGCAUGCAGUAGAGAAAGAUUGUAAAGAGAAACACUGGAGUACUGGUUUUCACCCAAACGUUUCCUUCAGUGAUGUACAGUUGUGGUCAGAAGUUUACAUACAGUGACAUGAAUGUCAUGGCAGUAUUUGGGCUUUC